AUGGGUUUAUUGGAAAGUACUGAAUACCGUUACGAAUCCUGUAAUGAUUUUCAACCAACAAAAAUUAUAAAGAAAUAUCAAAAAAGUAUUUUAUAUGUGAUAAGUUUAUAUUGUGCGUUAGCUGCAUCCAUUUCAAUAUCAGGUUGUUCUGUAGCUCUCGUUAAUGUAACAAUAGAUCCCAAUUAUUUGCAACCAAUAAAAGGUAUUUAUGGAGAAAAACUACCCUAUUAUAUGUGGUCACCAUUUGAUGUAGAAAAUUCAAAAUUAAUAUUUGUAUGUUUGGUAUUAUAUGAAUGGUAUAAUUUAUUCGCCUAUGGACAAAUGAUUGCAUCUUGUGAUAUUACAUCAUUUACAAUUUUACAUUUUAUUACGUUACAUACAACGAUACUACAAGGGGCAAUGCGAACAAUUCGUCAACGUGUACUGGAAAAAAUUGAUAUUUCAUUAAACAAUCCAAUAAUGAUUUCGGCACUUCUGUAUCUUUCUGCAUUAUAUUAUCAAAUUUCUACAUUGUCAUGGAUUGGUAAUGAAUUUACACUCAACUGGGAAAAAAUUAGUGACGCAAUUUAUGAGAGUGAAUGGUAUCUAUUAUCAUCGAAAAAUAAAAAGAGUUUGAUGUUCAUGAAAAAUCGUUUCCGGAGACCUAUUUUUAUAAGUAUUGGAAAAUUUGCACCGCUGGGAGUGACAUCCUUAUGUAUGGUAUUACGAUUAUCAUACUCAACAUUUAAUUUAUUACGUCGAAAACAGAACAUCGAAGAAGCAGAUCAGUGA